CUGCGAUUCUGAAAAUCCCAAACCCCUCUACUCUCCACCGCUCCUCAUUCUUGAAGCUUCAAACUUUAGCAAGCGGUGGCUUCGAUAAGAUCUUUAACUCCUAGUUGCUACGCUGAUGAUUUACCUUGUUAUUUUCUCCUUCUUUGUUCCCAAAUCCAUUAGUCCCAGUUGGUACUCUCGAUUUGCCUUCUUGCUGAGGAAUUCUUGAGCUUUUUCGCGAUUGACAUUUGGGUAACAUGAUACUAGCGGAUUGGUCGAAUUUGCCUGUUGAACUUUUGGGGUUAAUUGCGGAUAGGCUUCAUUUUGCUUUAGAUUAUGUGAGGUUUGGUAUGGUAUGUCGGCCAUGGAGGAGGGUUGUUGUUGAAAAAGGGUAUUCUUCACCCUCAUUUCUUCCAUGGCUGAUGCUAUCUCAGAAGAUUAACUCAGAGUUACGCGGGGUGUGUUAUCCGUAUAAACAUAGGAGCUUUUAUCUUUACUUGCCAGAGCUUAAUAAUAAGCGCUGCUGGGGAUCCCCUUUUGGUUGGGUUGUCACUCUUGACUCUGAUUUUCAAUUGGGGUUACUGAAUCCGUUAUCGAGGGCACAACUGAUGCUCCCACCCCUGCGAAAAUGCCCGAAUUUGAAGAACAUGGAUUGUGGUGCGAAGAGAUUUCGCAAUAGUUUUGUGUACAAAGCAGCCUUGUCGUCGAGCCCGUUGUGUUUGGAUUUUGUAGUUCUGGCUAUCUAUUCUGACAAUGAGAAGAUGGCGAUACUAAAGGGGGGUAGUCAUACUUGGACUCCGUUGGAAUGCUGCCCGGGUUAUGUUGAUGAUGCGAUUUGUUUUCGAGGGAUAGUGUAUAUCGUGAGCAGUUUGGGCGAGAUUGUGAUUUGUGAUUGCCAAGGCAGCGUUUUGCAGAACAUAAUUUUCACGCCAUUGGUGGACGAGGUCCCGAAGACAAACUUCAUUUCUGCAUAUCUCGUCGAAAUAGAUGGGCAGGUAUAUGUUCUUUGCAGAUUCAUGUCCGAUACAAGAAACACCGGUACUCCUUUCCGUCCUUACAUGAGGACGAGGCGCUUCGAUGUUUACAAGCUGGACCUAGGCAACGGGAAAUGGUACGAAGUAGUAGAAUCGUUGGGCAACUGGUCGAUCUUUGUAGGCACCAACUACUCCUUCUCAAUAUGCACCAACGAACACCCGGAAUGCGAAAGUAAUUGCAUAUACUUCACCGAUGACUACUCAGGCGUGUCGCACAACACCCCUACCGGCUACGAUAUGGGCGUUUACAAUCUCGAGACUCAGAAGAUACAAUGGCUUGCUCAGGACGAUCUCUCGGUGUUUUCAUUCUCUGUACCCGUAUGGUUCAAACCAAGUUUACCCUAGUCUUCAUUACCCGGCUCCUCUAUCGUUUUACCGUGUAGACUGUAUAUUACUAGCCAAAAAACUGGCCUUUACAUGCAUGAUGACUCUGCUUAAUCCUGGAUUUGUUGUAACUUUGAAGCUGAAUAAUGUGUUUUGUAUUUUGUGGCAAAAAUGUGUGUUGAUAAUAUUGUGCUGUAUUUUGUGAAAUUGUAAAACAGGAAUGGUGGAUAUAGUUAGGUA